AUGUUAAUUUGGGGUGCGUGCGCGGAGAAACUCGACGAGGGGAGACUUUGGAAGUUAUGGGACAGAAAAGAAUACACAUGGAAGACAGUCAAACAGUUUUCAGAUGGAGGAGGGGGUGGCAAAGUAAUGUCUCAUCAGUUCUCAAACAUGCCAAAAUCUACCCAAUGUUCAAGCGCCAAUAAUACAAGUAGAAGCCAAACAAAGGAGACCAUGACAGAGAAUCAGUGUUUAUUACUGGGGCCCGAAGAAGAAGCAAAAGGCGUAAGACUAUCUUCUCGGAAAGCAAAACAAAAAGGGAUUUUUCUUGGUGUAUCCAGCUAUGCAUCGUCUAAACCCUUACAAUUUACACCGGAUCCUGGAUCAGUUAUAACUCAGGUUCAACCCUCACAAUCUACAGAACAAGACCUGCAUGAAGCAGAGGGGCGAUCUUAUAUUAUAUCCGAUGAAUCUGAUUCAGAUGAUUCAUUGGAUGAAUUAUGGGACUGUUCAAGUAAUGAAGAACAUGACGAAGAAACUGACUCGGACACAUGUGAAGACGCUACUAUUUUGCAGAAGAUCCAGCGUCAAGCAAACAUUAAUAAGGUUGUAGAAUCCAUUACAAAGCAUUUUGGUGGGAACAAUUUUAAAAACAACAGAACGGCAAAUUCCAGUGCUUUGGAGAAAUCACUUCCUUUGCCACAUAAAGAAGAAGCUUACAAAGAUGAUGGAGAUCUGACACACGAAUGUCCUAUCUGUGGAGCUCUGUUUUGGUACAAUGAGCGAAUUAGUAAGGGGAGAAAAACCAAAACUCCUAUUUUCACAAUGUGCUGUAUGAAAGGAAAGGUUAAGCUCCCUGUAUUAAAGGAACCACCGGCCUUGCUUAAGAAGCUUCUUACAAGUGAUGAUGCUAUCAGCAAGCACUAUCGGGAUAAUAUAAGACCAAUCAAUAUGAUGUUUUCUUUUACAUCACUCGGGGGGAAGAUUGAUAACUCUAUUAACUCAGGGAGAGGUCCUAAGAUUUUCAAGCUUCAUGGGGAGAAUUAUCACUUAAUUGGUAGUAUGAAGCCAAAUCGAAACGAGAAAGCCAAGUUUUCGCAGUUGUAUAUUCAUGAUACACAAAAUGAGUGGGAACUCUGGAAAGCAAAAAUCCGUCCAGAUUUGGUUGAAUCUAUAAUGGAAAUGUUAAGGGAAUGUAAUGUGCACGUCAAGUCUUUUCGCAAUAGUAUGGAUAGAUUUAAUGAUGAAGAAGAAACUCGAGACGUUUCUUUGGUCUUAAUCCACACCCGUGUUCAAGAUGGAAGAGUUUACAACCUGCCCACUUCUUCUGAAGUUGCCGCAUUAGUUGUUGGCGAUUUUCAAGAAAAUAUGGACAAGCGUGAUAUCAUCUUACAAAAAACUUCGGGGAAGCUUAAAAGGAUUAGUGAGUUGCAUCCAUGCUAUUUGCCCCUACAGUAUCCACUUAUUUUCCCGUAUGGUGAAGAUGGUUUUCGUUUAGGUAUUAAACAUGGUUUCACAGGACCCUUCAAAAACAAGAAGCCUAAUAUCAGUAUGAGGGAGUACUUUGCCUAUCUUAUUCAGGUUCGAAAAGUUGGGUCUCAGGUUCUUCAUCUUUCAAGACGUCUUCUUCAGCAAUUUCUGGUUGAUGCAUAUACAAUGAUCGAAUCCCAUCGUCUUCGGUUUAUAAGGAAAAAUCAGUCAAACCUUAGAACUUUGAAGUUUAGUAAGUUUGUUGAGGCUGCAAAUCAAGGAAAUUCGAGUGUGUCUAUUGAAGGAAAUCGAAUAAUUAUACCAUCGUCUUUCACAGGAGGGCCUCGCUAUAUGCAUCAAAUGUAUCUAGAUGCAAUGACUAUCUGCAAAUACCAUGGAUUUCCGGAUCUAUUCAUUACUUUUACAUGUAAUCCUAAAUGGGCAGAGUUGAAAAGGUAUUUUGAUCAAUACAAUCUUCGAUCUGAGGAUAGACCUGAGCUGUGUUGUAGACUAUUCAAAGUUAAGCUGGAUAGUUUAAUGGAUGAUCUAACUAAGAAGCAUUGGCUUGGGAAAACAGUGUCAGCAAUUUAUACUGUUGAAUUUCAGAAACGAGGUCUUCCCCAUGCUCAUAUAUUGGUAUUUAUGGAUUCACAGCACAAGCUACCACAAGCAGAUGAUAUUGAUAGGAUGAUAUCAGCCGAGAUUCCUGAUAAAGCAACUGAACCAAGGUUAUACGAAGUUGUGAAAGAUUUAAUGAUUCAUGGGCCAUGCGGUUCUGUGAACAGUGGUUCGCCAUGUAUGCAAGAUGGGAAAUGCAGCAAAUUCUUUCCUAGAAAAAAUGUGGAAAAAACCACUGUUGAUGCCCAAGGUUAUCCAGUAUAUCGUAGAAGGGAUAACGGUGCUUUUAUAGAGAAGAAAGGCGUGGAGUGUGAUAACAGAUUUGUGGUCCCCUACAAUAAAAAGCUCUUACUUGCCUACAAUGCACACAUCAAUGUCGAGUGGUGCAAUCAGUCUAGAUCUAUUAAGUACUUAUUCAAGUACAUUAAUAAAGGACAAGACCGUAUUACAGGAACUGUUACACAGAGAAAUAGUUCCCAAGCACAGACCGAGUGUAACGGACCACAAACUGAGUUACGUGAUACCGUCGUUGGAGAUGUUACCGAGGAGCCAGCAGUUGAUGAAAUCAAGAACUAUUUCGAUGCGAGAUACAUAUCAACUUGCGAGUCUGCGUGGAGAAUCUUAGCCUUUCCAACGCAUUAUCGAUCUACACCUGUUGAGAAACUUACAUUCCAUCUAGAAGCAAGAGAACUGACAUAUGCUGAACUACCAACGAAAUUUGUCUAUGACGCGAAAAUAAAAGCAUGGAAUCCACGGAAAAAAGGAUUUGCUAUAGGGAGGUUGGCGCCUGUAUCUCCUUCUUCCGGGGAACUAUACUUUUUGAGGGUUUUACUCAAUAAGGUAAGAGGGCCAAAGUGUUAUGCUGAUAUUAAGACUGUUGAUGGCAUUGUUCAACCCAGUUAUGAAGAUGCAUGUUAUGCCCGUGGAUUGUUGGACGAUGACAAAGAGUAUAUUGAAGGUCUUAAAGAGAUUAGUUUCUGGGCAUCAUCUGGUUAUGUUCGAAAUUUUUUCGUCAAAAUGUUAUUAUCUGGUAGUUUAUCGUCGCCCAGAUUGGUAUGGGAAGCAACGAAAGAUUUGUUAUCUGAAGAUGUUCUUUACAAUGAAAGAAAGCGAAGAAACUAUCCUGGGCUCAUUUUGAGUGAGGAAGAGAUCUUAAACUGUACGUUAGUUUUGAUCGAAAACAUACUACGUACCAAAAACAGUUCGCUGAAUAAUUGGGAUACAAUGCCAAAACCAGCCGAGAGCUCACAAUCAUUCACGGAAAAUCUUCUGAUACAAGAAGAGCUUAACUAUCCGAAAGCUGAAUUGCGUUCACAGCAUGAUGAAUGGAUUGUGAAAUUGACAGAUGAGCAAAGGUCAAUCUAUGAUCAGAUAAUUGGUGCUGUGCUUAACAGACAAGGCGGUGUUUUUUUUGUCUACGGCUUUGGAGGGACAGGAAAAACUUUUUUGUGGAAUAUCUUAUCAGCUGCUAUUCGAUCACGAGGUGAAAUUGUUCUGAAUGUCGCAUCAAGUGGUAUAGCAUCACUUUUACUGCCUGGUGGAAGAACUGCGCAUUCAAGAUUUGGCAUACCGAUCAAUCCAGAUGAGUUCUCGACUUGCAAGAUACAACCAGGUAGUAAUCAGGCAGAACUGAUAGCUAGAGCAUCUCUGAUUAUAUGGGAUGAAGCACCUAUGAUGAGUAAGCAUUGCUUCGAAGCUCUUGAUAAAACAAUGGCUGAUAUUAUGAAGAGUCAGAAGGGAACACCAUUCGGUGGUAAAGUUGUGGUUUUCGGAGGCGAUUUUCGACAGAUUUUACCCGUAAUUCCGAGAGGAUCUAGACCUGACAUUGUUUUGGCAACUCUUAAUUCUUCCUAUUUAUGGAAGCAUUGUAAGGUAUUGGAACUAACGAAAAACAUGAGGUUAAUGGCUGAAACUGAUCCGCAGCAGGCUGAAGAGAUAAAGACCUUCUCGAAAUGGAUACUGGAUUUAGGAAAUGGGAAGAUCAAUGAACCAAAUACUGGGGAAACAAUGAUAGAAAUUCCAAAAGAUUUGUUGAUAAAGGAAUGCAAAGAACCAAUUGCAGCUAUUGUUUCUGAAGUUUAUGGGAACACGUUCGAAGACUCGAAAGAUCCAGUUUUCUUCCAAGAGCGAGCUAUCUUAUGUCCCACCAACGCAGAUGUAGAAGUAAUUAACGACUAUAUGCUUGAUCGUCUAAAAGGUGAGGAAAGAAUUUACUUAAGCUCAGACAGCAUUGAUCCCUCUGAUUUGAAUUCGAAAGAUGAUUCCGUCUUCUCCCCUGAAUUUUUGAAUAGCAUUAAAGUUUCCGGACUGCCUAAUCAUGCUCUAAGACUAAGAAUUGGUACACCGGUUAUGAUUUUAAGGAACAUAGAUCCUACGGAAGGUUUAUGUAACGGCACUAGGCUCCAGAUAACACAACUUGGAAUCCAUAUAAUCGCAGCUAAAUUCAUCACGGGCACUAGAGUUGGAGAGAAGGUCUUCUUACAUCGUCUUCUGAUUGAACCUUCAGAUGCAAGCCUUCCAUUUAAAAUGAGGCGGAGGCAGUUUCCUCUUAAAGUCGCAUUUGCAAUGACAAUUAACAAGAGCCAAGGGCAAACAUUAGGCAAUGUUGGGUUGUAUCUUCCUAAACCAGUCUUCUCUCAUGGACAAUUGUAUGUUGCUGUUUCUCGGGUCAAGUCGAGGAGGGGGUUAAAGAUUCUUAUUACCGACAAAGAUGGAAAUCAUCAAUUGUCGACGAUGAAUGUUGUGUACAAGGAGGUUUUUCAAAACCUUUUCGACAAGGAAAUGUGA